ACCCUCCUCCAUCUUGUUUUGCUGGGUCACUUUGAACACAGGCCAACAUGCUGCUGAGGAGCUGCUGCACCAUCUGGACUCUGCUGCUGGGCUUCACUGCUGCUGCAGUGUUCGUGGAGAAGCACGAGGCGAACACGGUGCUGCAGAGAUGGCGGAGAGCCAACAGCGGCUUCCUGGAGGAGUUAAAACAAGGGAACCUGGAGAGGGAGUGCAUCGAGGAGAUCUGCGACUACGAGGAGGCUCGAGAAGUCUUCGAAGACGACGGCAAGACGAGGCAGUUCUGGCUGACGUAUGAGCGUCGUGACCCCUGUCUGGUCAACCCAUGUCAUAACAAUGGAACAUGUGUCUACGUGGGGACCAACUAUGAAUGUCAGUGCUCUGAGGGGUUUGAAGGACGAUACUGUCAGACAGUGUUUGAAGACUCCCUGAAGUGUCUGUACCAGAACGGACACUGUCAGCACUUCUGUGACGGCUCGGGAGAACGACGCAAAUGUUCCUGUGCUGACGGAUACAAACUGGCAGAGGACGGACGACAGUGUGUCGCUCAGGUGGAGUAUCCGUGUGGUCAGCUGGCUCCACAGGAAACAGGCCUGAACCACAGUGUUGUGGGUCAGACUAGACUGGUGGGAGCCAACCACUGUCCCAGAGGACAAUGUCCCUGGUAGGUUCUGGUUCAGUUAAACGGGAACAGCCACUGUGGAGGUGUUCUGAUCCGUCCAGACUGGGUCAUUACUGCUGCCCACUGUAUCCAUGGCAACAACCCCAAAAACCUCACUGUGGUGGCAGGGGAACAUAACCUGGACAUAGAAGAAGGCACAGAACAGAAGAUACCUGUUUCCAUGGCGAUUGCUCACGGAACUUACGUCCCGGCAACAGGUGACAGUGACGUCGCCUUGCUGUGGUUGAGCCGAGCCGUCACCCUGAACCGUGACGUCAUCCCCGUCUGCCUGCCCACCACAGACUUCUCAGAGCGCGAGCUGCUGCUGGUCCGCUACCACACCGUGUCCGGCUGGGGCAAGAAGACCUCAGGGGGCAACACUGAGACCCCCGCCGCCCCGCCCGGUGCUCCGGUGUCCCCCAUCCUCCGCAAAAUGUCUGUCCCCAUCAUUCAGAACUCCCAGUGCUCCCACAGAGCCCAGUUCAACUUCACCGACAACAUGCUGUGUGCCGGAUACCUGGAGGGCCGCCAAGAGAGUUGCCGUGGAGACGACGGUAGCCCACUGGUCACGCUGUACGGUUCCACCCACUUCCUGACAGGCGUGGUCGGCUGGGGGCGGGGCUGUUCACACCCCGGGUAUUAUGGGGUGUACACCAAAAUGGCCAACUUUGUGGACUGGGUGGAGACCAUCAUAAAAGACCCGCCCACCAUGAUGACAGCCAAUGAGGAGCCAGUGGAGAGAAGCGCUCCGUCUCUGGACAUGCUAGAACAGACAUUAAUUUAAUCAAAGAUGAGUUUUAAGAACCGACUACGACAGAAACUAGAGCAGUAAAAGUUGAACAGUUAAAGUCUUUAUUUUAUCCUGAUGGUAAAGUUUGUCUCUUUGUGUUUUUGUUUUGGCUGAAAACAUUUUAAGAUUAAUAUGUGCUCAUAAUGUAUAAUAAUAAUAAUAUAAUGAUGCUGAAUUAAAGUGACUGAUUCAGA